GUAACGAAUUGGCCACCGCCUAAGCUGUUUGACAGUUGUGUUGUCUACUUACUUACGGUUUUUUUUUUAACUUAAACACAAAUACACGCGUACAUACUUACGUGUUGCGAGUUUAAUGCACAGUUAAUUGAAGCAUACUUCAGUGUCACACCAAUUGUGUUUCAAGUACUGGUACAAGAAAUGUCCUACCGCUGCCAACUGCUGUGAACUUACAAGUCGAGAUUUCGGCUUUGAUCUUUGCGUUGAGCAUUUAUCAAUGUACAAAUGAUGUGUUUUUAAUCGCUCUGCUGUCAUUCGAAAAAAUAAAAUAAAUAUCGGAAUUUGGUGUUUUGUGGUUGCUGAUACUUCUUGUUUAUGUUUUGUUUGCGCUUUAUAUGUUUUAAAGUGUUUCUGCGUUAGCGUCAACAUAACUAUUGAAAAACUUGGUCGUACCGAAAAUUUUAAAUAAAGCAUAUGAUGUCAUAUACAUAAAUGUGUGUGCAAUCAUAAUCACACUUAAUUAUUUUUUAAAUUUUGUAUAUACUUUAUUGCUUUUAAUAGCCGAAGUGGUGCUGGGGCAUACUGAUUAAAUAUUAUAAAAUAAUAAUAAUACUGUGCUAUGAAACUUAGUUUUUUUUUAAAUUUCUUAUUAAUUUUCUGCGCAUUAGAACUGCAUUGUGAAAUAUUAUUUUAUAAAUCGAAGCAUUAUAAACUUUGUCAAUUACUGAUAAGCGGCUGGAAUAUCGCUGUCAAAUCUUGCUUCGUCGGUGUUUUGUGUUAAUACAUUCAUAUACAACAUUUUAAUUUUUUGUAUAAAUUUCAUUAGCGCAGUGUAAAAUCCUAUAAAUUAAUUUUAAUUAUGACUGCAGCAAUGAUUUCACUGCCGAAUUGUCAGAAAAUUAUACGCUUACGUUCGUUGAACGCGAAGACGGAUCCGGCCGCAUUGGCGCGAGAAGUCGUGGACAAAUGUGAUCUCAUACACAAAUCCCAAUUGGCGGAUGUGGAACAGAUAAUAUUCUAUCUGAAAAAUCGAAAAGACAAUGCUGGUGCAGACAUCGCUGACAAUAACAGCCAGCAUCGGUCGGCUGUAUCGGGAAAGCGUACACCGGCCACCAAAGCGAACCCAGCCUCUGCUGUUCUUUCACCCGCUAAAACACCAGCUAGCAAUGCAGACGUCUCCAUCAAUAAUAUUGAUGAAUACGUGGAGUUGUUGUAUGAGGACUUAAGUGAACGAAUACGUGGUUCAGCAAUGAUCCUGCAAGUGGCACGCAACCCAGAUAAUCUGGAAGAGCUGGAAAAAAAUGAGGCUUGUCUGAGCGCUUUAUCGCGCGUAUUGCGAGAGGAUUGGCGCAAGAGUUUAGAUCUAUCCACAAAUAUAAUAUAUAUAUUUUUCUGUUUCUCAACUUAUACGAAAUUUCAUCCCGUUAUUGUACAAUAUAAGAUUGGUUCCCUCUGCAUGGACGUCAUAGACUAUGAGCUGCGACGUUAUGAAACAAUGCGAAAUGAGUUGGACGUGAGAAAGAAUCCUGUUACCUCUGCACCACUUUCGGCUAAAUCCAGCAAAGAGAAACUGAAUCGCAGCACUGAUGAUUUCCUCGAUAUAAUGAAUGAGGAAAAACCAAAAGAAAUGGAACCACCACGUCGCCGCAUACCCGAACUCAAACAACGUCCCAAAUCUGGAAAUUGGUCUAGUUUCCACGGUUCAAUGACUUCCUCAUUAAUGAAAAGUCAAGUACUCAACAGUAGUUACCAUGAGGCUCUUUCGACCGGUGCUGCCACCCCUGACUCUGGCAUUUCAUCGAACGGUGACAUGAAAGCGACCAGCAAUGAAGCGCUCGAUCGCAACGAUCCUAAGGUGAAGAAAGAAGAGAUCGAUCGUUUGAAUAAGCAGUUAAAGGUAUUUGCUAAGAAACAAGAGCAACUACUGCGUGUUGCUUUCUACUUGCUACUUAAUAUGGCCGAGAAUAUUAAAUUGGAGGAAAAGAUGCGACGCAAGCACAUCGUAAAGAUGCUCGUCAAAACAUUGGAUAGACAAAAUAUCGAUCUUUUAAUGUUGGUGACAACAUUUCUGAAAAAGUUAUCUAUCGUACGUGACAAUAAAGAUGAUAUGGGUGAGUUCAAUGUCAUUGCCAAAUUGCCACGCCUAUUCCAAAGUGGUCACACCGAUUUGGCGCAAGUAACACUGAAACUGGUGUUUAAUUUAUCAUUUGAUGGUGUGUUGCGACGAAAAAUGGUCGGUGCUGGUUACCUGCCAAAGCUUGUGAUGUUCAUCAAUGAUGAGAAACACCACGGCAUCGCAAUGAAGAUACUCUAUCACAUGAGCUUAGAUGACUGGGUUAAAGGCUUAUUCACACACACUGAGUGUGUUCAAAUGGCCACCGAUGCCAUAAUACUCAAUCUGAAUAGCAAGGUGGAUCUCGAUCUCAUCGCGCUCUGCAUCAAUCUAUCGCUGAACAAACGUAAUGCACAAAUCAUGGUCGAAGGCAAUCGGCUGCAUGAUCUAAUGGAUCGUGCUUUCAAAUAUCAGGACUCACUACUAAUGAAACUGCUACGAAAUCUUUCACAACAUGAAUUGUUGCAAUCAAAAUUUAUUGACUAUGUUGGCGAUCUGGCGCGCAUACUCACAGUUUGCGAGGAUGAAUCGUUUGUGGUGGAAUGUCUUGGUAUACUCGGUAAUCUCUCACUAGCCGAUUUGGAUUACUCACAAAUAUUGCAGAACUUCCAACUAAUACCCUGGAUAAGGGAUGUGCUUGUGCCCGGUGCCAAAUUGGACGAUAUGGUACUCGAUACAAUCGUUUAUUUGGGUACCUGUGCGCAUGACGAACUAUGUGCGUUGCUGUUCUGUCGCGCUAAGGUUGUGCUCUCGUUGAUCGAGCUGCUGAAGGCCAAACAAGAAGACGACGAAAUUGUCUUACAGAUCAUUUUCGUAUUCCAACAGAUUUUACGACACGAAAGCACACGCGAAUAUAUGAUCAAAGAGACUGAAUCACCGGCAUAUCUAAUCGAUUUGAUGCACGACAAGAAUGCCGAGAUACGUAAAGUCUGCGAUUAUUGCCUCGACAUCAUCGCUAUCAGUGACAGUGAGUGGGCCAAACGGAUCAAGCUUGAAAAGUUCCGCAAUCACAAUUCACAGUGGCUUUGUAUGGUUGAAUCGCAGCAAGAUCAAGACAAUGAACAAGACUAUGCUGACAAUGAUGAGAACGAAAACGAACUCGACACCUAUUUACGAAACGAUUAUUUGGACAACUGCGAUCUCUACAAUAGUAGCAAUACAAAUAAGGAGAGUGAGGACAAUGAAAGCAACAAUAGCAACAAUCCAGCCAGUCCUGCAUUGUCUACUUAUAGCCGCCCAGUGAGCAG